AUGGAUCCAAAUCAUAACCUCUUCUUUGUCGCCUUUCUCCUUCUUGGCUUAGCUACAAAUGGAGUUACUGGAUAUGCCACAGUCACAGGCACAGUGUUUUGUGACCAAUGCAAGGAUGGAGAGAGAUCUUUGUUUGAUUUUCCUGUCUCCGGAAUUAAGGUGAGUGUGACAUGUUCUGAUGGAGAUGGACAAGUCUAUAUGUCAAGAGAAGAGACUACUAAUUGGCUUGGAGGAUAUGUAAUGAGAUUUGAUGGGACACCGGAUCUGAGCAACUGUUAUGCUCAGGUUUCAGACAAUGGAGCUCAACAACAACAAGGUUCAAGUAGUAGUUGCAGCAUUGCUUCAGGUCCUGCACAGAAACUUAAACUAAUGUUUAGUUUCUUUGGCAUUGAAAUGUUUGCUGCGGAUGCACUUCUUGCUCAGCCGGUUCAGCCAAUGUCUUCUUGUCCUAAACCACCUCCUGCUCCGGUCAUGCCUCCUCCUUAUGUCCCGGUCAUGCCUCCUCCUCAGGUCCCGGUCAUGCCUCCUCCUCAGGUCCCGGUCAUGCCUCCUCCUCAGGUUCCGGUCAUGCCUCCUCCUCCUCAGUUUAAGUUUCCAUCUUUGCCUCCAAUCCCUCAGGUCCCGGUCUUGCCUCCUCCUCAAGUUCCGGUCAUCAGUCCUCCUCCUACCGCAUCGCCUCCUCAGUUUAAGCUUCCACCAUUGCCUCCAUUUCCUUCAGUUCCAUUUUUAGAGCCGUCAGCUUGUUCUCACCAGUUGUGGAUAAAACCUGAGUACAGAUGCUACUGGAGGGCGAUAGGACCGGAUACGAAAGUCGCGGUUGCGUUUGGUCUAGUAGCCGGGAGGAGAUACGGGACUGAUAUGACGGUAAGGGAAGCGCUUGACGGUCGAGGAGAAGCCUAUAAGACUCUCCUAAGGGAAGCAACAACUGCAUUACUCAAUUCAUACAACUCUCUUGGCUUCCCUUUUACUUCCAUCGCUGUGAUCACACAUACCAAUUUGGCUCUCCUCGGAAACUCGCAGCACGAUGUUCUCAUGACUGCUAUUCGCUUCAUCAAGGCUAAUUCAGGGACCUGCAAAUUCACAAUUUGCAAGUGA